AUGGCACCCGUACCUAACCUAUUUCUUUCACGAACCUUCUUCCGAAUAUCCACCUCUGUAAUAAAAAGAAGCUUUAUGACAACCCAAAGCCGUGCCGAAAAGGCCCUAGAAGACCUCUCGAAAAAUGCCUACUACGAAAAGUACGCCGACAAAAUCGCCCAGCUCCAGAAAACCUCUCCCCAAGAAUUCCUAUCCAGAGUCGAACAACUGGAAAAGCACAAAACUCCGACCAAGAAACCGGAACAAGUAACUGAAGGUAAAUUUUCGCAACUUCUCAACCCCAAGAAGCCCCUCGACCAUGCAGAAGCGUCUGAAGCCCCUCUGGAUAAAGUUAUGAAAAUCGACUUAAUCAAAGACAAAAGUGCCGACGAAAUCAGGGAAAUCUGGCACGAGUAUCACGUCCAGAAGAACUUCAUAGCGGCUGUGGUUCCCGCACACGAUUACGAAGAACUGGAGACGCGAGGUAGGGAAUUUCCGACUUUUUUGUUUGCUUUACCUAGGAGCCAAGGAUACGAAUUUAUUAUGUCACAGUUUGACAGAAACUGUGUACAUUUCACGCCGUUGUUGUACUACCAGGUGCAUAAAGAAAACGCGCCGGAGUGUUUAACAAUUACGCAUUAUGUGGAGUUUAAAGAUAGCAAGAAGAUUGUUUUGAUGAGAGGGGAGUACGACAAGAACGUGAUUGAUUUGAAGGAGGCGCAGUGUCUAGCCAAUCAGCUGCAGUUGUAUUACGUGAGACCGACGACGGAGAAAUUGGAGCUGCUGCAGAGGUUCACGGAAAAGCCUGAUGAAUUCAAACACAUGGAUGUAAUUAAACAGAUUGAGAAUUUGUCUUUGUAAAUAGAGCGAUUGAGUGUAAAUAAUUAUAGCUUAGGAAUUUAUUAAAAA